AUGGCUCCAUCACCUCUACCAGAAUUCGUAUACAAGAUUGUGCCUUCGGCACCUCCAUCGCCAAUCCCAUCCGAGUAUCCCCUUUCGGAGCUCGACCAGAAAGAUGGUUUUGUCCAUUUGAGUAUUGGUUCGCAAAUUCCCAUAACGGCAGACCUCUUCUUCAAAGAGACAACGUCCAUCUGGGUUCUUAAGCUCCGGUUUGCUCCCAAGUUUCACUCUGCGACUACGUGGGAGAUUGAAGGAUGCCCGCAUCUCUACGGCAAUUUUGGCGUUGAGGACGUCGAUAGUGUUAAACAGCUCACGCGAGUAGAUGGUGAGAGCUGGAAGGAAUCGUUGAAGAAGGAGAGUGGCUGGCUGGUCUAA